AUGGUGACGGAAAGUGAGCAGAUGUCCUGGUUCCCCUACAGACUGCUGCUACGGAACCACAGUCAGGGAACGAUCACCGACCGUCCUCAGCGGGCCGGUCUCUCGGGGAUCUCCUGGCCCCGCACCUGUCCGAAUUACAGCAGCAGCAUCUCCAACUACCAGGAUUACAGCAGCAGCAUCUCCAACUACCAGGAUUACAGCAGUAGCAUCUCCAACUACCAGGAUUACAGCAGUAGCAUCUCCAACUACCAGGAUUACAGCAGUAGCAUCUCCAACUACCAGGAUUAUAGCAGUAGCAUCUCCAACUACCAGGAUUACAGCAGUAGCAUCUCCAACUACCAGGAUUACAGCAGUAGCAUCUCCAACUACCAGGAUUACACCGAGUUCUAUGAGUAUUACAGAAGCUUUCAGUUCAGCGCAGAUGUGGUGACAUGCAUUGUCAUUGCUGUCGGCCUUCCUUUGACCCUCGUGGCCAUCUAUGGUCUUUAUUCUAUGGUGAGAAGUGACCACGUUGCUCCGAUCUACAUCAUCAACCUGCUCAUUACGGACCUCCUUCAGUUCUGCUGCAUGAUCGUUCAGGUGGCACCACCUGACGAUGUGAAUUUAUUUAUAACCUUUUAUAAUAUUUACCUCUCUGUUCUGAUGGCCAGUGUUUCCUUCAUGGUCUGCGUCGCCCUGGAAAGGUAUUUGGUCAUCGUCCACCCUCUGUGGUACCGCUUCAGACGAACCAUCAAGACCUCUGUGGCGCUCUGUGUCCUGGUCUGGGUCCUUUCUGCUGUCUGUGGCGUCAUUCACUUUCACUUUAUAGAUAUUAGGGUCACAAACAUAAUCUACGCCGUCCUCUUCCUCCAUCCCUUCCCACUGUUAAUAUUAUUCCUGGUUGGGACCCUCAAAGCCCUGUCUGCUUCCAUCUCGGUCCCCUCGGAUGAAAAACGACGGAUUGUGGAAAUUCUGGUUCUGGUGCUGCUUAUUUACACGCUGCUGUUCCUGCCCAAAAUCAUUUCAUUAUUGCGAGUCAACGAUGAUGAGGUCCUCUAUAUCCUGUUAAACAUCAUUGAUUACCUGGGAGUAAACCCUGACGUGCCCCUCAACAUCGUGUCUCUCAUCUUAGUUAAGCUGAGUCCUCUUGCAGACCUGGUCCUGUAUGUCCUCAUGAGGAAAGGGUUCAUAGACAAGAUUCUGGCCUCUGUGUGUUGCUGCAGAAUGGACAGCAAUGAUAUCAGCAGUCCAUCAGUAUGAAUGAUGACAACAUUUCCACAGUCAGCUUCAUGUAGGCAGAGAAAGAGGGAGAGAGAGAAAGGGGAGGAAACAGGAGGAGAAAUGGAGGCCAAUAGAAAGGAUAGAGACGAGACAGAUCCUGUCAUCUACUGAGACCAUUUCCAAUCAGACGCCUAACUGUAGAGAACAGGAAGCACUGUUUGGACUCUGCUGUGGGAGAAGUGGCUGCUGGGAAAUGUUUUGGCUUCAACACGUUUUAUUAGUUUGGAGCUGGAAGCUGAUGUCUGUCGUUAUUCUCCUUUAACCACAGAAGCAGAUAUUAUUGUAGAUGAACUGAGCUCAUUAUAGCCGCCGCGCACAGGGAGAGCAUCUUAACGCGCCUUUACUCUCUCACACACGUUUUCAUUUAGUUGUUUACUAAAGUUUGUUUUUGUCAUUUUGUGUACAAACAAAAGAAAAGUUGUGUGUUUAUCUUUAUUUAUUCUAAGUUUUAUUUUUGGUGUUUUAGUGGCGGGCUUGCUAGUUUUUAGGAUGUGAUUCAGUGUUUGGGAACAGCUGUUCUGUGCUUAUAUGAAAUCAGAACUGUGAAUGUUGAGUGAAAUAAAAGCUGACAAAUGAACUUUUUUGGCGUUCACAGAAAAAGAGAACCGUUGGUCAAUAUGAACAUAAAGCCUGCUGUCCGAAACUUCAUGUGAUUUAGAUUUCAUAUGUCUGAAUAUUUGUAUUAAGAGUUAGCAGGACGUUGUUAUUAUUAAUCUUCUUAAAACGGACUCUUACAGGA